UUAGAACCUGUUAAGAGGAGAAUCAUCUAAGGAAAUACUCUAGAAAGUUAAGGUGACAUGAGUUCACCCACUGGAUCCGUUUUUAGUACCAGUGCAGAAGAAAGUCAGUCAGUUCCUAGUCCUGCCCCAGGUCCAGCCCCUAGCCCAGCUCUGCUGUGCAGAGUAUGUGGUGACAGCAGCAGUGGGAAGCACUACGGCAUCUUUGCUUGCAACGGUUGCAGUGGUUUCUUCAAAAGGAGUGUUCGCCGAAAGCUUAUCUACCGAUGCCAGGCUGGGACAGGGAUGUGUCCAGUGGAUAAAGCACAUAGAAAUCAGUGCCAGGCUUGCAGACUGAAAAAAUGCCUUCAGACGGGCAUGAACAAGGAUGCUGUACAAAAUGAGCGUCAGCCCCGGAGUACAGCGCAAAUUCGACUGGACAGUAUUGAGCUAGAGACAGAUAGCCGCUCUGAACACUUGGCAACCACUCGGGAGCCUCCUCCUUCCUGUCCACCAGUGAACAACUUGAGAACCCCUGUCCCAAAUAACAUAUCAGGAACCCUGAGUCCACCCCAUAACCACCGAUUCAUGGCUAGCUUGAUGACAGCAGAGACUUGCGCCAAACUGGAGCCAGAAGAAGCUGAUGAGAACAUAGAUGUUACAAGUAAUGAGCCAGAACACACUCCUAAUGACUUUCAGAUGUCUGCCUUUAUCACAUCUAGUCCAGAAGGGGUGUAUGAAACCUCUGCCCGACUCCUAUUUAUGGCGGUGAAAUGGGCAAAGAACCUGCCAGUCUUCUCCAACCUUCCAUUCAGAGAUCAGGUCAUCCUUCUAGAAGAAGCAUGGAGUGAACUAUUUCUUCUCUGUGCUAUCCAAUGGUCUAUGCCGCUUGACAGCUGCCCUUUGUUGUCUGUGCCUGACUUAUCUUCCAGUGUUCAUGGUAAAGCUAUCUCCUCCAGUGUGGAUGUACGAAUCCUUCAAGAAACAAUCGGUCGUUUUAAAUCAUUAAGUGUUGACCCAACAGAAUUUGCUUGCAUGAAGGCAGUACUCCUUUUUAAACCUGAGACCAGAGGCCUUAAAGACCCCGAACAAGUGGAAAACCUACAAGAUCAGUCUCAGAUGAUGUUGGCUCAGCAUACUAGAAAUCAUUAUCCCAACCAGCCAGUCAGGUUUGGAAAGCUGCUUCUACUGUCUCCAUCUCUUCGAUUCAUCUCCUCUGAACGCAUAGAGCUUCUGUUUUUCCACCGCACCAUUGGAAACACUCCCAUGGAGAAACUCCUCUGUGACAUGUUUAAGAACUGAACAUGCCACUAAGCCAGUGUGGCAGUAACACAAUGUAACCAGCUGCUAAUAUAGUAGUGA